AUGGAGCAUGAAUGCUACUAAGCAGUUGUAGCAAGCAUAUUUUGCCAUAGUUAAGCUUUAUUUUAUUUCGCAAUUCAAGUUACCAUACUGAGUGUGACCGCAUGCCGUAUGUUUACCUUAGAGGAGUUCGCUAUAUCUCAAAAAUGGCUGCGUCAUUGCCAAGUUGGUCGGAGAAAAUGCUCCAACUGCUUCACCGAAUGAACAACUUUUACGCAAGAGGUUCGUCGCAGGACAGAUGUUGGAGGUUCGAAGUGGAAGGGCAACAAGUCGGAUUGAUACAACCGAAAAUAGCUUCACUCCUGAACACUUUCCCUGAUGUAUUUACCUCACAUGGUGGCGCCAUAUCACUGAAUCCAUCGUUUGACUCCCACGCGAAGAGGUCAGAGGCCAUGGACCAGGUUUUGCAAGUGCUGAGGAAAGAUGAGUCGCUGACGUGCCUGAAAGGCUGGAGGAAUGAGGAGUAUUCUGUCAUGCCAAGAUUCUGUGACUCACCACUGAUGAGCAUGGAGAGAUCAGCCACAAGUCUGUUUGGAGUGAAGCGCUAUGGGGUUCACCUCAACGGGUACAGCCGGGAUGACAGUGGUCGGCUCUUCAUGUGGCUGGGCCGGCGGUCACCUACAAAGCAGACAUACCCAGGCAGACUGGACAACCUGGCCGCUGGAGGGCUGGCUGCCAACUGUGGGGUCAAACAGACCAUGGUCAAGGAGUGCGAAGAGGAGGCCUGUAUCCCAUCAUGCAUUGCAGAGAAAGCGUCCCCUGCUGGAACAGUGAGCUACACCUAUGAAGAUGACGAGGGGGUGUUCCCAGAGUGCCAAUUUGUGUUUGACUUGCAACUACCUCUCGACUUCAAGCCCAAGAUCGGCGACGGGGAAGUACAGGACUUUUACUUUUACCCAAUUGAAAAGGUAAAAGAGCUUCUGGUCUCUGAGGAAUUCAAGCCCAACUGUGCCAUGGUGGUGCUGGACUUCCUCAUCAGGCACUCCAUCAUUCAGCCCGACUCAGAGCCCUACUACCACGAGUUUAUGGCUGGAUUGCACAGGACCAUAUGAGACAGAAGGCAAUCUGUCACCAUCUGUACUUGGAGUAACAAUUCCGAUAGCCAGGCCUGGGAGAUAGCAAUUAUAUUGGAAACCAUCAAGCUGCAUAUCAGACAGUUGGACUUUGACAUCAUUUGGUGUAUGUCGUUGCCAAUGCCAACAUCUUUUUUGUGUCUAAUUAUUUAAUUUACCUGCAGCAAAGCUGCGGGAAGACGGUGGACUUGAAUACUGAAAAUUGCUCAAAUAUAACAUGAUUGCUCAAAUGUAACAUGGAUGGAUUAAAUGGAUUUGCUUGUUUUUCAA